GUGCUAAUUUAGGUUUAGAUGAGUGCUGUGGCAAGGGACAUUCAUCCAAUCUUUGUCAAUCGGAUGAAAACAAAUGCCGCAGAGAUCUGCAAGGGCAUUGUUCCUUCUGACUGCUUUGUACGAGACUUUGAUAGGUAUGCCGAUCCACUAUGUCGGUGGCUCGUUGGUUAUGAUCUGGACAAAGACAGCAUGGCACAUCUGUGCCCAUGUCUCUAUGAGCCCAGGAAAAGGAUUGAGGGGGAUACUCUAUUCAGAACUCCUGCAGCUGUGAAGGGCUCCAAGAUCCUAAUAUGUAUACUCUGGAGAGCAAGUGCCCUCAGCACCAAAAAAUUCCAGACAAAGAUGACCUAUGGUGGGUUGUGGAACAUCACAGAGGUGACGCCGGCCGCCAUGACAUAUGCAGCAAUCAUGCUCUGCUUUCUGCCCUCUGGCAACCCCAUCUUUACCACAGACAGAGGUGCGAAGUCCAAGAUCAACUACUUCUCCAACUUCGAGUUCUAUGUCAGUACUAUCGAAAAGAAGCUUGCCAAGGGCUCCAGGUCAAUGUUGGCCACUGUUCGAUUCUACAAUGAACAGGUCUUCCCCACCUCUCAACACGUAGCAUUGGCGGUACCGACUGUGAAGGCCAAUCUAGAGGAGAACUCGGAAGAGGAGGAGAUUUUGAGGGCACUGGAUGACAUCGACGCAGAGAUGGAUUCAGAUGAAUCCGAUUUCGACAGUGCACUGCCCAUUGUCACUGCCCACAACCCUAACCAUGAGGCCAGUGCUCAGGCUGUGCCUGCUCCCAUAGUUGGGAGUGUCGGUGAGAUUCCACCUGUCCCAUUGGUGCAGUCCCGCGUUAUGGCCUCGAAUGAAAAGAGAGGAAGAAAGCAAGCAAGUUCUGGUGUGGAGGCCCCAGCACAUCGUAGUGCUCAUGGCCAAGGACUUCCUGUGCAAAGCGAUAUGGAGGUGCCGGUGCCAGCACCAGUGGAGAAGGUUACACGUCAUGGCCAAGGUCUCCAGGUUGAUCGUGUAGAGGACGAGGAGGAGGAGGCAAGUGAGAGUGAGGGUAAUGGCAAUGAUGAUGAGGAAGAAGAGGAGGAGGAGGAGGAGGAAGACCUGGAGUAUGCUCAUUGA